GGCCCGAGUACUUUAAUUUAGGAACAUAACUUCAAUGAUUGACAACACCUCAUUGCAGACCCACCAUCUGUGCAAUCACCCGAGGAAGGCAGGGCCUCAGCUGAAAUGGGUUCUCCAGUUGGAGUUGUAGUGGAUGCCUCAUAUUAUGUAAAGUUUUCUGAAGCUGGUGUUCAAGCCACCACUUCGACAGCUGAAGCUUCAGUAAAUACCACUUCAUUGCUAAAGGAUGCUGAAACUCAAACUGACAUCACAGGCAGUGUUCUGAAGAGUUUUGAAGCUGAUAACCAGGUCCUACGCACCGAGUUACAGGAGGUGAAGGGCUCUCUGGACACACUUCGGCUGUCGAAAGCUUCUUUGGAGCAUGACAACACCCGUGUGCAAUUUUACACGGGCCUACCAAGCUUCACAGUUCUGAUUUCACUGUUCACACUUGUCGAAAGUAGUGUGCCACGCAGCCCAAACAAUGCUCUUGCGAAAUUCCAAGAAUUUGUACUCACACUAAUGAGGCUGCGAUUGGGAGUGGCCUUGCAGGACCUGGCGUCCAUUGAAGAAGCAUUGACGGGGGUCUUCAAUGACCGUAAUUUCUGCCUCUGAAACUUGUACGAACUCUGAACGAAGUUUCAGACACCGAUGCAGUAAGGACAAAAGCAGGAAAUAAAGUUCAUUUUUCUACCUGAA